AUGGCGGAAAAAGGUAGGUGAAAUUGACACCUUUUUCGGAAGAAUAAGGUAAAUUGAUAUUUCAGCCAAAAAAAGUACGAUGGAUUGGUUGGACGAUGCUCCGAUGCCGCCACCAGAAAAUAUGCCAUCGACUUCGGCCGCCGGCGAACGUUUUCAGCCGCAAUAUUUUGAUCCGUAAGUUUUCAUGAAAAAAAAUAAUUGAAGACAGCUGGGAGGAAUUUUAAUAUCGAGACCACCCACGACGCUUGAACUCUGAACCGAAAGAUAAACAUUCUCAGAAUUUUUGUGUUCAAACUGUUUUUCAGUUGUGUGCGGCGGUUGCGAGUUUGAAGUCGGCCCGAAAUUUAAAAAAAAAUAAAAUAAAUUUCAAGAACUUGAACUCUAUUGGAUUGAGAUUGUGUAAUUAGAUUUCAUUUUUGAUCAUUAUCAACAUUGAAAGUUUGCCAUUAUGACCCUCAGAAAUCAGAAAACAUAAUGAAGUUCAUUAAUUUGAUUGGAACAUUUCAGGUUCGCAACAUCGGAAGGAUACGAAAACUAUGAUGAUAUCCCAUUUCUAAAAGAGGAAGAUGACGUGGAUAUGGUAGAAGUUUUCCCAAUUUAUGAUCAGGACGACGAACAACCAUCCUACUCUCCAGUUCCACCAACAGCAGAAGAUUUCAGUUGGAUUUCAGUAUUUUAUUUCGAAGAUGAUAAACGGGUUGGUGAAGUUUUCACUAGUGCCGAACCCCUCGUUACAAUCGAUGGUUUCACUGCGGAAUGGACGAAAGAUCGAAUGUGCAUCUCGUUGAAUCCAGUCAUGUCGCAAUCUCCGAAAUGCGAUGUUGUACGCAGUCAAUUUCACCGUGGCAUUCAAAUUUUCCGACGAGAUACCAAAGUUAUUUUGAGAUGUUUGACGACGAGUCCGAUUUUCGUACAAUCCCCGCAGAGAGCAUUAAUGCAUGGCGAAGCUUUGAAUACGGUUUAUCGAUUGCAAUCAAUUGAGAAUGAGGAGUCUUGUGAAUUUACGCUUUUUGAUGGCGAUUUUUUUGAUGAGUCGGUCGCACGGAAGAAACAUUGUAUGGAUGAGGAUUUUUACGCGAUACAUGUGAGUAACGUUUUUUGAAGAAUACAAAAUUAUAAAAGAAUGGAUGAGAGUCUUAGCCACCUUUUCCCGCGUCACGUUUCACUCAAACCGCUUGCUCGUGUUGUAUUUUAUGCUCUACAGUACUAUUCGCUCUGCUGCUUUCCCACAUUGUAAAAUAAUGUAAACAAUUGUAUAAAAGGUGACAUAAAUUAUGACGUGGUCAAAAAAUACAUUUAUAAAGUUUUUACUAUUUCCUUGGGGUCACUGAUUUCUACUCAUUUAAAAUUCGAAUUUCUAGAAAAACCCCCAUAUCUUUUCAGAAUCAAUGCAUAUCUCGUCUCUCAAUCAUCAAAGGAUUCGGUUCGGAUUACCCACGAAAACUAAUCACUGAAACACCGUGUUGGAUGGAAAUCCAUAUGAAUUAUAAAUUGCGCGAAUUCGACGCAGUUUUAAGAUCCGGAAAACGACAAUUCCGCGAAACACUCGAUGAUUUAGACGACUUAGACGAUUGA